UAAAAAAAAUGUGUGCUUUGCUGCGUCUACUGCGAGAAUGAAGACCAUUCUCAGCAAUCAGACUGUCGACAUUCCAGCAAAUGUCGACAUUACUCUGAAGGGACGCACAGUUAUCGUGAAGGGCCCCAGAGGAACCCUGCGGAGGGACUUCAAUCACAUCAAUGUAGAACUCAGUCUUCUUGGAAAGAAAAAAAAGAGGCUCCGGGUUGACAAAUGGUGGGGUAACAGAAAGGAACUGGCUACCGUUCGGACUAUUUGUAGUCAUGUACAGAACAUGAUCAAGGGUGUUACACUGGGCUUCCGUUACAAGAUGAGGUCUGUGUAUGCUCACUUCCCCAUCAACGUCGUUAUCCAGGAGAAUGGGUCUCUUGUUGAAAUCCGAAAUUUCUUGGGUGAAAAAUACAUCCGCAGGGUUCGGAUGAGACCAGGUGUUGCUUGUUCGGUAUCUCAAGCCCAGAAAGAUGAAUUAAUCCUUGAAGGAAAUGACAUUGAGCUUGUUUCAAAUUCAGCAAGCCACAACAGUUAAAAACAAGGAUAUCAGGAAAUUUUUGGAUGGUAUCUAUGUCUCUGAAAAAGGAACUGUUCAGCAGGCUGAUGAAUAAGAUCUAAGAGUUACCCGGCUACAGAAAGAAGAUGCCAGAUGACACUUAAGACCUACUUGUGAUAUUUAAAUGAUGCAAUAAAAGACCUAUUGAUUUGGGAAAAAAAAAAAAAAAAAAAUGUGUAAACAGUAGGGCCUGCCCCUGUGGCUGCAACUUUCUCUAAGGACCCCAGGACUGUGCCUUCUGGAGCUGGCAGAGCUCUGUGGUUUACGAGAACAAGAAGUUCCACAGCUGUGUCCUAAACCAGGUUUCCCCUCGACAGUGCCUAUGACAUGGAAACAGAACUGACUGUCCCGGGGUGCCCACACCUACCGUCUGCACAGUGAAGAGGGCAGCAGCAUGGCCUGAAGGCCAGCGAGCCCGACCCCCCAGGGACAGGCACUCUCUGGCGAACCGUCUCACAGGAGGAAAAGCGUAAGGCUGCUGUGGUCAUAAAU